AAUCAUUAGCUUUGUUUUCAGAAAAUGUCAUCUGCAAUUUCUCGAACGUCAUCUUUGAAAGGAGGUGUAAGUGGAGGAUUAGACCCGAUAGUUAAAGACAAAGACUUGUGCAGAAAGAUUGCUUACUCCUUGUCCAAAUUCUUUGAAGACAAAGAAGUAAGAUGUACUGAUUUUGAUUUCCACGCCUCUCUCAAGCAAUUGAAAAAUUUACCGACUGCUCGACUAGUCCGAGAGAUGUACAACUUCUUUUUUCUUGAGCUGCUGAGUGUAUCAAUACCAGCUAAAUCUUCCAAUGAAAUAAUAUUGACACAUUUGAAAACUCUGGAUUAUCCUUAUGCAGUGCACAAAAGUUCAAUUAUGAAUCCCAAUAAUUCGUCAUCGUGGCCGUACAAUCUAGCCAUUCUUUCAUAUCUCAGAGAUGUGUACAUAUUGGUUCAUCCUUCUGUCAACGACGUCGGUGAAACUGAUUUUGAAGAAAAAGAUGGAAUGCUUACUGGGAUUGACCUGGAUUUUGACGGACAAUUGCAGAAGACAGUGGACCUGGACAAAACUGCGAAAGAAGAUCUUCCCGAACUGAAAAGAAUAAUGCGAUCAAUGGUUUCCAGAGACAUGGUGUUUAUGGAAUUACUCAAUGACGUGAAAGCCCGGCUGGAUGCUCGGGAUGAUUUGCGGGCCGAUUUAGAGGAAAAAAGUCAAGAUUUCGAGCAGCAUUUCGGAUCACUGGAGCAAUUCGAAGAGAUCAUGGCUGGAAUAGCAAAGAGCAAGAGGGAACUUGCAGAACUGUCUUGUGAAGUAGAGCAAUGUGAAAGAGAGAAGGAAUUAGCAUCUGUUGCGUUUGGCCAAGCGAGGAACAAGUGCAAAAUGACGUUAGAGGAAAUAGAACGUUUACUUCUUCUCCACUUUCCUUCAAAGAGUAAAGAAGUGAAGGCUUGUUUUUCUCACAUCAACUGGAAUAAUUGUCACGAGAGCCCAAGUCACGAUUUCUCCAAGUUCGAUCAGCUCAAAGAAGACCUCGUCGAACACUUGGAGAAUCGGGAGGCGGAAGUGCGGGCCGAGUUGGAGGCGACUAAUGAGGAGUUGUCUGUCUUACACGAGGAAGUUGUGGAGCUGAGAGAGAAUGUGGAAAACGAGGAAGAGAACUAUAUGAGUCUGCGUGCACGUGAACAAAGUAUCCAGCGUAACCUGUUGAAGAUAGAGGAGCAGAAGGAGAGGGCAAUUGAGAAGCGAGACUUGAAGGACGAGGAGUUGUCGAUGCGACUGAAGGAGUGGGAGCAACAUGCGAAGUCUGCACUCUCUCUAGCUCACGCUGGCAACAAACAAUUCCAGAAAGAUGCGAACUUAUGCAAAGAUUUGGCCAAAAUUGCCAAGGAGAAGAAUUGAAGACAAAUAAAGUGCAAUAAUAUCUUGCUCAACAACUAGCCGAAUGAAAAAAACAUUGGUGUGAUUUUGAUUAAUUUUGUUUUGGUUGUUUAUUUGAAAUCAUUUGUAUCUUAUUAGAUGUAUUGUUGUUUAUUUGAAAUGAUUUUUAGACUCGAUAGCAUAUUUUUACAAAUAAAUUUUUGAGAAAUUA